AUGGUGGAUGCUGGAUCGGCGAAAUCCACCGACAAAUCCCACCUCACGGCUCCAUUUACUACUUUGAUCGUUUGGCCCGUUAUGGACAUGUUGAAACUGGGCAUGGAUUGCAUCAUCGUCUUGAAGGUUGCAUCCAUUGUCAGCCGAAAGCUCCGGAGAUGGAUCUCUCUCUUUCCCCCACUUGUACCGUGUGUUGCUGUCAUUGACGAGGACAGCAGUUUCCGCACGAAGGAAUUGAUGUGGCAAGCCUUCCGCAAAGCUUACCCCAACAGGCCCUUCUGCCUCUUGGUUCCUAAUCGAGAAAUUUAUGGUACGGUAGACUUGCCCGGCACCUUUGCCCAAGACAACCGAACCACCUUUCACUACAAUGUGAUUCGUGACGAUGGAGACUCCGCCUUGGCUCAAGAUUGGGCAUCCUUUUGUGGCCUCAAUGAGUACACUGCCGGGAAUGUGGAUCGGGUUGCUCUCUUUAUUGACAGCACUGGGAGUUUGAAAGAAAGCCAAGUAUCUGCUUCACGGGAUAAGUUCAUUGCUCAACUGAAUGUGUCGGGUAUACAAGUGAGCAGAGUGUACAACAAGCAGGAAAACUGGAUCCGUCCUUUUAUGCAAUCGUUCGUGCCUUGA